GAGAAUUUCUAGCCUUUGAGUAGGGGACACAGAGAGCUUGAGCUGGACUUCUCACGAUUCUCCUUUCCUCUGCAGAACCUUGGCCUCUUGUGGCCUCUGCUCUUCUCCAAUAGGUGCUUUCACUGCGCAAGGGAAUGGCUCCUGUGCUCCUGACAACCAGGAAUGGAAGGGAAUCAGUGACAUUCCAGGAUGUGGCUGUGGAAUUCACGCAGGAGGAGUGGGCACAUUUGAACCUGUCUCAGAAAAAGUUGUACAGGGAUGUGAUGAUGGAGAACUAUAGCAACCUGGUCUCUUUGGGAUUUGCAGUUUCCAAACCAGAUGUCAUCUCCCUAAUGGAAAGAAAGGAAGCCUUCUGGAUGCCAGAGACAGAUAUCCCAAGAAGCAGCUGCCCAGAGAGCAAAGAAUUCAGUGGACAAAAACCUUACAAAUAUAAUGAUUGUGGGAAGGCUUUCAGAGUGGGCACACAACUUGUUCAGCAUCAAAGAAUUUGUACUGCACAGAUUGCUUAUACGUGUAAGGAAUGUGGGAAGGGCUUCCGUUACAUAACACAGUUUAUUGAACAUCAAAGAAUUCAUACUGGAGAAAAACCUUAUGAAUGUAGUGAAUGUAGAAAGGCCUUCAGACUGAGGAUACAACUUACUCAGCAUCAGAGAAUUCAUACUGGAGAGAAACCUUAUAAAUGUAAUGACUGUGGAAAAGCCUUCCGCAUUACCAUGCAACUUACUCAACAUAAAAGAAUUCAUACUGGAGAGAAACCUUAUCAAUGUAAUGACUGUGGGAAGGCCUUUAGACAGAGGACAAAACUUACCAUGCAUCAGAAAACUCAUACUGGAGAGAAGCCUUAUAAAUGUAAAGAGUGUGGGAAGACCUUCCAGUGUAACUCAGAACUUAAUCGACAUCUGAGAGUUCAUACUGGAGAGAAACCUUAUAAAUGUAAUGAAUGUGGAAAAGCCUUCCGCCUUACUGUACAAUUUACUGAACAUAAAAGAAUUCAUACUGGAGAGAAACCUUAUGAAUGUAAUGAAUGUGGGAUGGCCUUUAGAUUGAGGAGACAAUUUAUUCAACACCAGAGAGUACAUACUAGAGAGAAGCCUUAUCAAUCUAAUCAUUUGGGGGAAGCGUUCAGACCGAGUGAACAGCUUACUCAGCAUCAGAAAAUUCUUCUUGGAGAAAGACCCUUUGUAUGUAAUGAAUGUGGGAAGGCCUUUAGGCUGGAGAAACAAUGUAUGCUACAUCAGGGAAUACAUACUGGGGAGAAGCCUUAUGAAUGUAAUUAUUGUAGGAAAGCUUUCAGACUGAGGCAUCAGCUUACUCACCAUCAGAAAAUUCAUACUGGAGAAAAACCAUUGGUUUGUAAGGAAUGUGGGAAAGGCUUCUUCUGGAAUUCAGAUUUCAUGCGACACCAGAGUAUUCAUACUGGAGAAAAACCUUAUAAAUGUAAUGAAUGUGGAAAGGCCUUCAACCGGAAGGCAGAGCUUCCUCUCCAUCAGAGUAUUCAUACUGGAGAAAAACCUUAUAAAUGCAAUGAAUGUGGAAAGGCCUAUAGACUGAAGACAGAGCUUCAUCGCCAUCAGAGUAUUCAUACUGGAGAGAAACCUUAUGAAUGUGAUGAGUGUGGGAAGACCUUCAGACUGAAGACAGAGCUUUCUCACCAUCAGAGUAUUCAUACUGGAGAGAAACCUUAUGAAUGUGAUGAGUGUGGGAAGACCUUCAGUAGUGAACGAUCACUUAAUAAACACAAGAAAAUUCAUUCUGGAAAGAUGCCUUAUGAAUGUAAAGAGUGUGGGAAGACCUUCCACUAUAACUCAGAACUUAAUCUACAUCAGAGAAUUCAUACUGGAGAGAAACCUUAUGAAUGUAAUGAAUGUGGGAAGGCCUUUAGACUGAGGAGAAAACUUAGCUUGCAUCAGAAAAUUCAUACUGGAGAGAAGCCUUAUCAAUGUCACGAAUGUGGGAAGGCCUUCAGACUGAAGACAGACCUUCCUCGCCAUCAGAGUAUUCAUACUGGAGAGAAACCUUAUGAAUGUAAGGAAUGUGGAAAAGCCUUCCGCCUUACCAUGCAGCUUACUCGACAUAAAAGAAUUCAUACUGGAGAGAAACCUUAUGAAUGUGAUGAAUGUGGGAAGGCCUUUAGACGGAGGACAAAACUUACCAUGCAUCAGAAAAUUCAUACUGGAGAGAAGCCUUAUAAAUGUAAUGAAUGUGGGAUGGCCUUCAGACUGAAGAGAGAGCUUCCUCGGCAUCAAACAAUCCAUACUGGAGAGAAACCUUAUGAAUGUGAUGAAUGUGGGAAGACCUUCGUUAGCAAGCCAUCACUUAAUAAACACAAGAAAUUUCAUACUGGAAAGAUGCCUUAUGAAUGUAAAGAGUGUGGGAAGACCUUCCGCUAUAACUCAGAACUUAAUAUACAUCAGAGAAUUCAUACUGGAGAGAAACCUUAUAAAUGUAAUGAAUGUGGAAAAGCCUUCUGCUAUACCAUACAACUUACUCGACAUAAAAGAAUUCAUACUGGAUAGAAACCUUAUGAAUGUAAUGAAUGUGGGAAGGCCUUUAAACAGAGGGCAAAACUUACCAUGCAUCAGAAAAUUCAUACUGGAGAGAAGCCUUAUGAAUCUAAUCAUUGUGGGGAGGCAUUUAGACCAAGUGAACAGCUUACUCAGCAUCAGAAAAUUCAUCAUGAAGAAAAAACAUUUAUAUGUAAUGAAUGUGGGAAGACCUUUAGUCUGGAGAAACAAUAUAUUCAACAUCAGGGAAUACAUAUUGGGGAGAAGCCUUAUGAAUGAAAUUAUUCUGGGUAAGCUUUCAGACUGAGGCAUCAGCUUACUCAACAACAGAGACUUCAUACUAGAGAAAAACCAUUUGUUUGUAAGGAAUGUGGAAAAGGCUUCUUUUGGAAUUCAGAUUUCAUGUGACACCAGAGUAUUCAUACUGGAUAAAAACCUUAUAAUUGUAAUGUAUUGGGGAAGGCUUUCAGACUUAGGUCACAGCUUAGCACCAGAGAAUUCAAUCUGGAGAAAAACCUUUUAGAUAUAAUGUGUGUUUAUUGGGUCUUUUCCCCAAAGAGGUCAUAAAAAAGGGGAAAAGGACCCACAUGUACAAAAAUAUUUAUAGCUGUUCUUUUUGUGGUGGCAAGGAAUUGGAAAUUGAGGGGCUGCCCAUCAAUUGGGGAAUGGCUGAACAAGUUGUGGUAUAUGAAUGUAAUGGAAUUCUAUUGUGCUAUAAGAAAUGAUGAGAAGGAGAGGUGGGGAGCCAAAAUAGUGGAGGAGAGGCUAUGACUCCCACAAUAUUCAGAUAAACCUGUCCACUCAUGCCCAAAUAAUGUGGUAAAAAAACAAAACCCAGAGCAGCCUAAUACCCAUAAGAACAGAGUGAGACUAUUUCUCUGCAAAAGAGGGCAAUUCCAAUCACCUACUGAUCAGGUUGAACAUCUCAACGCACAGUCCAGACCCAGCUAUGGACAAUGCUUCCAGUACCUGUCAGAGUUUUCGGCACCAGCAGCUUCUGAGGCUGUGAUCAUGGACUGGUGAGGUGGUUGGGCAGUAGGCCAGGGUGAUGUGGAGGCAUUAUCUGCUGGAGUUAGGGCAAAGCGCCCUGGGUCUGAACCAGUGGGCUGAAUUGAGUGGUGGUUGCCCAGCGGGGGAGGGCACAAACAUGCCAAGCUUCUGACCAUAGAAAAUCAGAGUUCAAUUACACUUCUCUUUCCAGGUCAAAUAGAAAGUGACUGAUUACUCAUAAGCCAGGCAGGCUGAGAAGAAGUCCAAUCACUUCCUGGGCCAUGCUGUAGCAUGAACAGUGUGUCCUGGAAGCAGCGCUACACUUUAAGAAGGAGUUAAAAUCCAAGAAAUAGUAAACUAGGAUGAGUAGGCAGAGAAUGCAGAAGACCAUCGAAAACUUCUCUGGGGUAAAGGUAGACCACAGUACACCCUCAGAAGAAGAAGAUAAUAACAGGGUUAAAGCUCCAACAUCCAAAGCUUCCAAGAAAAAUAUGAAGUGGCCUCAGGCCAUGGAAGUUCUCAAAAGGGACUUUGAAGAAAA